AGACCCGCCCGUGAUCUCUGGGCGGUGCAGCUCCGCCCCGGGCGCCUCCGCGGGCCACGUGGUCCGGCGUCCGCGCGCAGGCUCCCGGCGCCGGCGCUUCCGGGUUGGCGGUGGCGGCGGCGGCGCAGGGACAGAAGCCCGGACGACGCAGGUACCCCGGCGGCGGAUUCUGCGGAGUAGGGGGCCUGGGUGGCCUUGGCACGGGUGCGCCAUCCAGGCGGCCAGGUGGGACGGCCGCGAUCCGGACCCCGCCGGGCACCCCGACAGACGAAAUGUUUAAUAAUGCGUGAAAUCGAGACGCUGUGGUUCCCAUUCUGAUUGUGUGCGCAGCUAUGGAAAGUUGGUGCUGGGGAAGGACUUUAGAGAUGGUUGAUUCCCGUUCCUUCAUUUUACAGAGGAGAAAACAGACCCUGAGAGGCAACAGGGAUCUUGGAGACUCACCCAACUAGGCUUCAUGCUUCUUGGCUUCUAAAGAAAAUGGCAGAAACAUCAUCAGAGCCUUCUGGGCAGCUUGUUGUACACUCAGACACUCACAGUGACACUGUUCUGGCCAGUUUUGAGGAUCAGCGGAAGAAAGGCUUUCUCUGUGACAUCACUUUAAUCGUGGAGAAUGUGCAUUUCCGGGCUCACAAAGCCUUACUUGCUGCCAGUAGUGAAUACUUCUCCAUGAUGUUUGCUGAAGAGGGGGAGAUUGGUCAGUCCAUUUAUAUGCUGGAAGGCAUGGUUGCUGACACGUUUGGUAUGCUGCUGGAAUUUAUCUACACAGGUUGUCUCCAGGCCAGUGAGAAGAGUACGGAACAGGUCCUGGCUACCGCUCAGUUCUUAAAAGUCUAUGACCUGGUAAAGGCUUACACGGAUUUCCAAAAUAAUCAUAGCUCCCCAAAGCCAACGACUUUGAGCACUGCUGGUGCCCCAGUGGUUGUUAUUUCUAAUAAGAAAAAUGAUCCUCCAAAGCGGAAACGGGGAAGGCCAAGAAAAGUCAACAGUUUGCAGGAGGGGAAAUCACAGCUGCCUGCAGAGGAGGAAAUACAGCUGAGAGUAAACAAUUCAGUUCAAAAUAGACAUAACUUUGUGGUAAAAGAGGGAGACAGCGGUAUACUGAAUGAACAGAUUCCAGCAAAAGACGCAGAAGAUUGUGAGCCAGGGAGAGGGGAGGAAGUGCCUGCUGAAAAAGAUGAGAAUUGUGAUCCCAAGACCCAGGACGGGCAGGACAGCCAGAGUCGGUACAGCAAGCGGAGGAUUCGGAGGUCCGUUAAACUUAAAGAUUACAAACUUGUUGGGGAUGAAGAUGACCAGAGUUCAGCCAGAAGGGUCUGUGGAAGGAGAAAGCGGCCUGGUGGCCCUGAGGCCUGUUGUAAGGACUGUGGCAAAGUGUUUAAGUACAAUCACUUUUUGGCAAUCCACCAGAGGAGCCACACGGGGGAGCGGCCUUUCAAAUGUAAUGAGUGUGGAAAAGGCUUUGCCCAGAAGCACUCCCUGCAGGUCCACACCCGGAUGCACACUGGCGAAAGACCCUACACCUGCACGGUGUGCAGCAAGGCUCUCACCACCAAGCACUCCCUGCUGGAGCACAUGAGUCUGCAUUCAGGACAGAAGUCUUUCACCUGUGAUCAGUGUGGCAAAUAUUUUAGCCAGAAAAGACAACUAAAGAGCCAUUAUCGAGUUCACACAGGCCACUCAUUACCGGAAUGCAACCACUGCCAUCGCAAAUUCAUGGAUGUGUCUCAGCUAAAGAAACAUCUACGGACACACACAGGGGAGAAGCCAUUUACUUGUGAAAUCUGUGGCAAAUCUUUCACAGCAAAGAGUUCUCUUCAGACCCAUAUCAGAAUCCACAGAUGAGAACAUAGAGGCCCUAACAGAUGAAGUCCAUUGCCCAUGGUCACACAGUAAUUGGCAAAGCCAGAACUGCUGCACAGCACUACCCUGCUUCCGCCAGAUGGGCUUAACUAUCACCAGACUUUUGAAAUUGAAGCUGAAUUUCUCUUCACGUACGAUCCGCUUGAUGUAAUGGAAGGUUUUUGGCUAAAAUUGAGGAUCUGGGGCCCCUGGCAGGCUCAGUCGGUAGAGCAUACGACUCCCAAUCUUGGGGUCUAUGAGGUCAAGCCCCAGGAUGGGUGUAGAACUUACUUAAAAAUUGAUCUGUGUCUGACAUUUUAGCACGAUCAAACGUUGUACAUAAAGCAGUAAUUGUAAAAGGUGUAUAGUCUUUCUCCUAUAGAAACGACUACCACAUUAAUACUUAUAUUAGUAUUUUACCACUAUUGGUUUAAAAACUUAACAGAAAUUUACCAAGUCCAUGAAAGUUACUGCUGAUGUGAAAAUGUCUUAACUAACAUGAGCCUCUGUGAGCCCUUUUUUCGAACUCCUGACUAAGGAUAGUUUAUGUUUAGGGCGGACUUGUUUGACUUUUUGCUACCCUUAUUUGUUAAGUAUUGAGGUGAAUUAUCACCCUCACUUUUCAGACUAAAUUAAGACUAAAUUUUUUUUUAAUGUUUACUUACUUGAGACACCGCGUGCACACAGGUGGGGGAGGGACAGAAAAUGGGGGAGAGAGAAUCCCAAGCAGGCUCUGCACUGUCAGCACAGAGGCCAACAUAGAGCUCAGUCUCAUGAGAUCAUGACCUGAGCCCAGAUUAAGAGUCAGACAUUUAACUGACUGAGCCACUCAGGGGCUCCUAAAAUAAGCCUAAAUUCUUAAAAAUUAAAAGAAAACUCUUGGUUUCACUUUUGUAAACAGCAGGCUUGGAGUGACCUCUAAAAAUUCCCCUUGCCUUUUGUAAACAUCAGGUCUCAAGGAAUGACCUCUAAAAGAAACAGGAAUGUCACUGUGGUAGAUGAUGUAACUUUCAAAUUUUGUGCAUGUAAUUAAGCAACAAACACUUUUGUUGGCUAUAAUAUAUAUAUAAUAUAUACAUACACAUACUAAGUAUGUACAUGUAUAUACACAUACACACACUAUAUUUAGAAUCAUUCUCACGUGAAAGGUACCACACUGGGAGAGCUUUUAAACUAAAGUUCAAUCAUACUUUCAACACAAAAUGUAGGAACUUGAACACAUUUUAGGUAACAUUAGCAAGAGAUCAUAGCCUUUUUUUUUUUAACAUCUGAAAGAAAGGGAAAAAUCGGAGCUGGGGUCAAGUCAGGGAACUAACUUUGUUGGUCUCAGGGUAUGGAUUUAUCAUUUAUUUUGAAUUUUAGUAUCCAUAGAUUAAUAUCUUCCAUGUCCAUUGGAUCAUUUAAAAUACAGAUUUGAAGAUACUCCUAAAGAAUAGUUUGGCUUUUGGUUUUAGUUCAGGUUACUUUUAUCCUUGUUGGAUGCAGGGUUAAACUGAAGCUUCCCUUAGGCUAAAUUGGAGUUAAAACUCCACAUUUUUUAAAUCUCCCUCUCAUGAUUAAAUGGCU